AAUCGGGAAUUGUCAAUUUCGUAAGUCGCGUUUAGAAUCGUGAAAUUCAACAUAUUAAACCAAUUAUAUUUUGGUUUGAAAUUCAUUUUUAUUAAAGAUGACUGUGAUUGACGGGCUGUCCAAUGAAUAAUAAUUCUUAGCUUAGAAGUGUAAAUGUGACUUUUUAGCUUUUAUGUUUUGAGUUAACAGCUGCGGUGGAACAGUGACGCCGUGUAAAAAAUGGUUACGUCUAACAUAAUUUCCGAUAAAAAAGUUGUUAAAAUGGAUAAUAGUAACGUUGCCGUUGUACCGCAAAGAACAUUAUUGGGUGAAGUUAACGAACAUAUAACGUGCCCAUUAUGUCGAGGGUACUACAUAGAUGCGACCACAAUAGUGGAAUGCUUGCAUUCCUUUUGUCGUAGUUGUAUUAUUAAACACCUUAAAGCAAAGAGCUACUGUCCUGUAUGUGAAAUGAUGAUAAAUUCGGCAAAACCCAAUAUCAAACUUGACAAAGCACUGCAGGACAUAGUCUACAAACUUGUGCCUGGGCUCUUCCAAAAAGAAAUGGAAAGGCGGCAACAUUUUUAUGCCUCGAGGCCUGGACAAGCCGCAACAGCUACACCAGAACAGAGAGGUGAAGACACAGAAAGAAUAAUUUUCAGUCCUGAAGAUGUCAUUUCAUUUUCGUUAGAAUAUGCUGAUGUCACAGAUACUGAUAGCAUAUCCAGUAAAUCUUCAGAUAGUAAUGAGCCUCCACCAAACUCAGCAUCUACUAGAAGAUAUUUACAAUGCCCAGCUGUUGUGAAUAUAAGUCACCUAAAAAAGUUCUUAAGUAAAAAGUUUGAUGUUGACAGUUCACAGUUUGCUAUUGAUAUCUUAUACAAGAAAGUACCUUUACCUGACUACUACACUUUAAUGGAUAUUGCUUAUAUUUAUAAUUGGAAAAGGAAUGAGCCUAUGAGAUUUUUUUACCAGAUAAUCGAUUAUGUAGCAAUAAGGAACAGAAUUUUUGAUAUAAACAGAAAACGAUCACACUUUCAUGAUCAAAAAUUGAGUCCUGUUUCAACAGAAGAUACAAGCACUAGCAGUCCGGCACCUAAUUUGCAUGAUCAUGCUUCGGAAGCUUCUUCUGGACCUAGUAGUCCCGUUCCUGAUGAUAAUAAUAGAAAUACUCCUGAAGUUUUGACCAAUGAUAAGAUGAAUGUACAAAAUGACGAAAGUUGUAAUGAUAAGAAUGAUUAUUCCUCAACAAACAAGCUAGAUGAAGAUGUAGAGAAAUCUCAGUUUCUGAAUUCAUUUGAGCUCACUGCUAAAAGUAGCUGUAUACCAGUAAAAUCCCCACAGAAAUUCAACACAGAAAAACUAUCUCUUGCGAAGGAAGUGGUUACUAAAAGCAUAACAAGCAAAGUGAAAGCUGAAGACCCAACACCUGAUAAUUUAAAAAGAAAAAAUCACACAUCACCUCCUACACCUGAAUUAAAGAAAUUAAAAGUGGAAAUAUCAAAUUGUUUGCCUAGUUUCAGUGUUCAACCAUCAAGCUCUAGUAUUAGCACCAAAACAGAAGAAAAUCAAAGAAAACACGAAACUGUUGAUUGUAACAAAAAUAAUCAAUCUGCUAUAAAAAAUAAUGCACCAAGUGCUACUCCAACUACCAGAGAUUUGAAGCAACCACAGACAGUAAAGCAACAAGUUGGUACUAGUAAACAAACCUUGGAUAAUUCAGGUGUUAAAAGAACAGUUGUAGGACCACAAAAUAUUUUAUCUCCCAAACGUAAACCUCCAAAUGAAUCCACAGCAGAGCAAGCAAUGCCGCAACAACAACAGCAACAGAAGACUCUAUCUCCUUUAAAGUUACAAAUACCAAAAUUAGAUGCAGUUUCCAAAACAAGUGAAGCUCCAAAACCCCCAUUAAAAAAGAUACCAGAUCUCAAACCGAGCAUGCCAAUGUUGCAAUCAGCUCACAGUAAAAGUCCAGCUAUGAAUAAAGUCAGAAUGGAUCUAUUGGCUAAUAAUAGUGACCCUACUAUUGAUAGAAGCAAAAUAUUAUCACAAGUAAAAUCAUCCAUGGGUGUACAAAGCCCAGCCCAAAAUUCAGGCGACCCAUUGAAAUCUCUGUUUGACUCGUGCAAAAUAAAUAUACCAUCUUCCCUUUCCAUUACUUUAACAGAUCAAAAAUCAGACAAUCGCUGUCCUGUAGAUACAUUAGAUCCUAAAAAAAAUUUAACUAAUAAAAACUUAGCUGCUGCUAGUAGUAGCAGUAUUUCUGCCCAUAAAGUGCCCAGCCCUCCAGUACACAAUUAUAUAGAAAUUUUAAAAUUACCUGAAUCAGAUUCUAAUUUGAAAAAAAUUGCAAAAAACGAAGCUGAUUCUAAAACAAAUUCUCAAUGUAAACCUGAAAUAAGUCAAACAAAACCUACAACCAAAGGGUCAGAGACUUCCACUAAAGGCCCUGUUCCUAAUUUAAAACCUAUUGCUGACACAAAACUUGCUAAACAGGCUGGAAAUUUUUCAACACCCAUCACAUUUCAACAAACUUUUGAACAGCAAUUACAGAGCUUACAAUGUGACAAAAAAGGGAAACCAAAAAAUAAGGCACAGGUGCCUAAGUUGGUGCCGGCUACCCCAAAAUCCCUUAGUGCUGUCACUAAACCUAUCAUACCAGUAAACAAACCUACAAAUAGUUCUAGUACUGAAACUAAAACCGGCACUGCUUUAGAUUUAACAACCCCUCACAACAUUCAAAGUCAAUUAGCUGUUCAGCAAACAUUUGAUAAAGCUUUGGAAACUAUGCAUUCUAUAGCAAAUUUGGCAAAGAAGCAGAAUUUGCCAUCAAAAGGGAUCCCAAUGUCUUUGACACAUAGCAAUAUUUUUCCAGGCAUCACAAGCAGACCUUUAACUGCUGGAAUUAAUUCAGUACGUUUAUCAUCCCCAAAUACUAUAAAUCAAGUAAAACUUGAUAAACCAAACCCAAAUGUGCCAACAGUGACUGGUAAUAAUAGACAAGAAAGUUCUAUAAAAAGCAGCCAAGUAAAACAAUUAGGCAAUAUGAAUUUGACAUUGCAGUCUCCCGCUUAUCAAAUACCAUCAGCCCACCCACCUAGCAAUGCACAACCUUCACCAAGGUCUCAGACACGUUCUCCCAGUUCAUCUCCUAAAUUGGUCAUUGCUGAAGAAAAACAAACAAGUACUACUGUAAUGGAACACAAUGUUAGCCAGUUGAAUCAAGUAACUAGUACACAUAUUACUAACUUUGGUACUCCAAAGGGAGAAUUAUCUAAAACUUUACCAGGUCCAUCAAAACCAAGUCUUAAGCAAGUAAAAAACCUCAAUACAAAUAAAGUUAGUGGUGUAUGGCCAUCUUUGACUUCAACACUUAAAACCACUGCAUCAUCAUCUAUGAGUAGUAAUUUAUCGCAGCAUAUUGCUAAACACAUGGAAGUCAAUGCUUGGAUCAAAGCUCAAAGGCAGUAUGAAUUUAUGAAGAAUAUGGGACAUCAGAAUCAAAAUGAAUAUCACAAAGAUAAGCAAGAUAAAAGUUAUUGUGAUAAGAUGUCUGUUCAGGCCACGAUUCCAUUUAAACAUCGUAAAAGAACUUGUUUUAACAAUGACGAGAAUAAUGAUUUAUCUAAUAUAAAUUAUGUUCCUAAGGAAAGAACCUUAAAAAGAAGUUUAAGAGAUAGGAAAAUUAAAAUCGAUGAUGAUGACAGUUCUAAAGUAAAAAAAAGUAAAAGUUCUCAAAAUACCACUGAUGAUAGAGCAGCAGAAGUAUGUUCAUCUUUGAAUGAUGAAUCCCCAAAAAUAUUGAAGCCUUUAACAAGUAGAGAAAUGGAAAUCGAACGGCUCGAAAAUUUUCUAAAUGAGCAUUUGGAAAAUGAAGAAUCAGCAUCAAUUUACGUAUCGGGUCAACCGGGAACUGGGAAAACAGCAAGUCUGUCCUAUAUUUUGCAGCAACCAAAAAUCAAAGAGGGCUUUAAGCAGGUAUACAUAAAUUGUACUAUGAUGAAAUCAGCAGCCAGUAUUUAUAGCAGAGUGUGUAAAGAGUUGGGCUUGAAAAUGACAGCUACCACUGAAAAGGCAUGUGUUAAAGCAAUAGAAAAGUAUCUACAAAAAACACAUAAAAUGAUCUUGUUAGUAUUAGACGAGUUGGACCAAUUAGACAGUAAAAGACAGUCAGUGUUGUACAGUAUAUUCGAAUGGCCAGUCCUACCAAACUCACGAAUAGUUUUGAUUGGGGUGGCGAAUGCUUUGGAUCUAACUGAAAGAACGCUACCGAGGCUGCAAGCGAGGUGUUCCCUAAAGCCACACACUUUACACUUCGCACCAUAUACCAAAGAACAGAUCAUAAAAAUAUUCGUCGCCGUGUUGGCGAAUGACGACAAGGCUAAUGUUUUUUCGCCUGUUGCACUCCAAAUGUUAGCAGCGAAGAUAGCCGCUGUAUCUGGUGACAUGAGAAGAGCAUUAGAUAUAGGACGGAGAGUAAUUGAGGUCGCAAAUCGAAACAGAUUUGCAGAAAACAAAUCUGUCGAUAGUUUAUUGAGGGAUUCGUCAGUGACCGUGGAACUGAAGGAAGUUCUGCAAGUUCUGAAUAACGUGUACGGUGGUUCAACGAAUAUAGGAUCAGAAGUCGACGAAGGGCUCCCGAUGCAACAGAAACUGAUAUUAUGCAGCUUAAUAUUGAUGUUGAAUAAGGGAAAGAACACCGAUAUUCUGAUGGGAAAGUUACAUGAGGUUUACAAAAAGGUGGCGGCGUCAAGGAACAUAGCGGCGCUGGGGCUGAGCGAGCUGUGCGGCGCGUGCUCGCUGCUGGAGGCGCGCGGCGCGGUGCGGGUGUGCGCGGGCGCGGGGCGGGCGCGGCGCUUGCGGCUGCACUGGGACCUGCCCGAGCUGCAGGCCGCGCUCGCAGACAAACCGCUCCUCGCAGAAAUACUUCGGCACGCCGCCUAAUCAUUGCCAAGGCAUAUACUCGGCCCACCGAAAUAUUCCAUCACCUUUUGCUGUGAAGCAUUCGUGCGUUCCGAUUUUAAGAGUAGAAUAGCCUCAUUACUGGUGGUAGGACCUCUUGUGAGUUCGCACGGGUAGGUACCACCGCCCUGCCUAUUUCUGCCGUGAAGCAG